AUGCUGGAAGCUCCAUUGCCACUGGCAGGCCAGAAACGAAAGCGAGCCACCUCCCAUGCCUUGUUUCCAACCCCGCUACCACGCCACCCAUACCUGACUGGCAACUUCGCACCCAUACAGCAGACACUCCCACUCACACCCUGCACGUACACUGGCACCAUUCCCGAGGAGCUGGCCAACGGCGAAUAUGUUCGCAAUGGCAGCAAUCCCGUGUCCAACGACGACCUGGGCAGAGAUGCACACUGGUUCGAUGGCGACGGCAUGCUAGCAGGUGUCAGCUUCCCUGUCAACCAGGACAAUGGGAGAAUAGAGCCAGAGUUCGUGAACCAAUAUGUCCUCACUGAUCUCUACCUCAACACGCUUUCCUCGCCACAUCUGCGGAUACCUAUACUGCCGAGUAUAGCUACUCUCGUCAACCCUCUCUACAAUCUUUUGUAUGUGGGUUUCAGGGUCAUGAGGACAAUAUUACUGGUGAUUCUGUCAUUCCUGCCUGGGUCGAAGCAGAAGAUCGAGAAGAUCAGCGUGGCUAAUACUAAUAUCGUGUUCCAUGAUGGAAGGGCAUUAGCGACAUGUGAGAGUGGGCCGCCUAUGCGGAUACAGUUACCUGGAUUGGAGACGGUCGGAUGGUUCAAUGGAAGCUCUGCGGAGGGAGAGAAGACUGAGGAGCAGAAGGAAAUGGAGAAGAAAGCGAAAGAAGUGGAAGAAGUGCUCGGUCAAGAUGCUGGACUACUUGGCUGGAUGCGGGAAUGGACGACUGCACACCCCAAGAUCGACCCGGUCACGAAGGAGAUGCUCAUGUUCCACUCUUCAUUCGCUCCGCCAUACGUGCAGUACUCUAUCGUACCUCAGCAGCAGGACACAAGCAUGCAAAAGCUCCUCAACGCACCCGUACCAGGCAUUCACGGAGCAAAGAUGAUGCACGAUUUCGGCGUCUCAUCCACCCACACGGUUAUCAUGGAUCUUCCACUCUCCCUGGAUCCAAUGAACCAGCUGAAAGGCGAGCCCCCAGUAGCAUACAACUCCUCGCAACCUUCGCGCUUCGGCGUUUUCCCGCGAAGAGAUCCAAAGCAGGUGAAGUGGUUCGAGACAGACGCCUGCUGUAUCUUCCACACAGCCAACAGCUGGGACUCACACUUUGAAGGCUCGAUAGAGGCGACUAGCGUAAACAUGCUAGCCUGCCGCCUUACGAGCGCCACUCUCGUCUUCGCUGCCGGCAAUAUGGCACCGCCUACUCCACGCAAAGCACUACCUCCCACGCCCGUCCUAAAACAGAAGAAGAGGAUGCCCUUCUUCUCCAAGUACGGUCCGGAUGAAGAAGAAGCAACAGUGUACGAACGCGCCUCCUUGCUUGAAAGUCCGAGCGAGGAAAAAGAUACCUUCAUCGUGCUCAAUGGCCAGGAGAUUGAGACCGAAGAAGAUCUAAAGGCGCAUUUAUGGGACGAGGAUCAGUGUCGUCUCUACUACUAUAAUUUCGACCUUGUCACGGGCCAAAUCGCCCAGCAAUGGGCACUGACUACCAUUCCUUUCGAAUUCCCGAGUGUAAGGCCCGACAAAGAAAUGGCUGAUGCGAGAUAUGUCUACGGCUGCAGUACAUCCACCACUUCUUUCGGCUCUGCACUGGGCAAGGCGACGAAGAUAGAUGUUCUCGUGAAAAUCGACGUCAAGACCUUGAUCGCACGUGGAAUGGAAAGACCACCGAGAAGUGUCACUGGUGCGGUCGAUACGAGGAGUAUGGAGGAUAUCCUCGAGACUCAACGGUCCAAUGCUAGUGGCGACGAAGACGAGACCAUCCAAGCGUUUCAACUUCCGGAAGGCUGGUUCGCACAAGAACCUCGUUUCGUGCCUGCCUCCUCCAAUUCAGCAGAAGACGAUGGAUUUCUCCUCUUCUACGCUUUCAAUGAAGCGCAACUUCUUUCUAAUGGAGAUGUUCCGGAUGAUAAGAACUCGGAUCUCCGUGCUACGAGCGAGUUAUGGAUCGUUAAUGCUAGGGAUAUGGCUACUGUGCUUGCACGCGUGCAAUUGCCGCAGAGAGUACCGUAUGGACUUCAUGGGUCUUGGUUCCCUGCUGAGCAGAUCGAGGGUCAGAGGGACGUUGUGGACGUCAGGAGUACGCUUAAGGCAUCGGAGGGGAGAGAGAAGGGUGUUUGGAUGGGUUUGAGAGGGAUGGUGGAGAAGGCGCUUGGGUGA